CUUGUGGCUGUUGUGAUGCGUAUUCCCGUAGAUCCCAGCACCAGCCGGAGGUUCAGCCCCCCCUCCAGCAGCCUGCAGCCCGGCAAGAUGAGCGAGGUCAGCCCGGUGGUGGUAGCCCAGCAGCAGCAGCAGCAGCAGCAGCAACAGGACGCGGCGGCCGCCGUGCCCCGGCUGCGCCCCCACGAUAACCGCACCAUGGUGGAGAUCAUCGCUGACCACCCCGCCGAGCUGGUCCGCACCGACAGCCCCAACUUCCUCUGCUCCGUCCUGCCCUCGCACUGGCGCUGCAACAAGACCCUCCCGGUGGCGUUCAAGGUGGUGGCCUUAGGAGAAGUGCCCGAUGGGACGGUGGUGACCGUCAUGGCUGGAAACGAUGAGAACUACUCUGCAGAGCUGCGAAACGCUUCUGCCGUGAUGAAGAACCAGGUGGCCAGAUUUAAUGACUUACGAUUUGUGGGCAGAAGUGGAAGAGGGAAGAGCUUUACUUUGACAAUAACUGUCCUGACAAAUCCCCCCCAAGUCGCUACAUACCACAGAGCUAUAAAGGUUACAGUGGAUGGGCCAAGAGAGCCAAGAAGGCACAGACAGAAGCUUGAUGACUCUAAACCUAGUUUGUUCUCUGAACGCCUCAGUGAUUUAGGGCGCAUUCCUCAUCCCAGUAUGAGAGUAGGGGUCCCGACCCAGAGCCCACGGCCCUCUCUGAACUCUGCACCAAGUCCUUUUAAUCCACAAGGACAGAGUCAGAUUACAGACCCCAGGCAGGCGCAGUCAUCCCCGCCAUGGUCCUAUGACCAGUCUUACCCAUCCUACUUGAGCCAGAUGACUUCACCGUCCAUUCACUCCACAACUCCCCUGUCCUCCACUCGAGGCACAGGACUUCCAGCCAUUACCGAUGUGCCCAGACGCCUCUCAGAUUCAGAUCCUUGCACUCCUGAUGCUCCACCUGCUGCCACUUCACCACCAACUUCUGAAGAGCCUGGACCUUUCACAGCUCCAGCAUCACCCUCCUGUUCCUCUGACACUGGUACUGCAUCAUUUUCACCACCGUUACCUGCGUGUGUUGCAGCCUUACAUCCAAAACCACCUCCUAUUUCACCAUCAACAUCCACUUCUGCUACCACUGUCCACCCUGGACUUCCUUCCCUUCCUGCCCCGUCUGCCUCUACUCCAUCCCUUCACCCUGGGAUUUAUCUGCCGGUUGUCCCACCCAGUGGUGCCACCCACCUCAUCAACUGGCUGCCCUUCCUCGCCUCAGCGACACUCGCCACCAUUCAAGGCAAGGAGGAAGACCAGCCACCCAUAAGCACAGGCUCCCUGGAAGGCAUGAAGGCCUGCAGCAGCCCAGCCCCACACCCCUCCCAAGAGGAGAAUCCCCAGGCAGCACCUAUGGGAAGCAGCGCUCCGGGGGCUGCGUCCCCACCACCGGCUGCCCAGGCCGUGCCCGCGGGCUCCGAGGCGUCAGCGAAUGUGAGCGACAUCCUGGCGGAGCUGCGGACCAUGAACAGCCACCUCUCCACUAUUGCCCGAGCCCUGACCCAGCUGGCAUCAUCCCUGGCACCCCAGCAGGAUGCUGGUGGCACCCCACCUCCUUAGUGCCAGAUUUCACAGGGAAUGGUAUUUCCCAGAGGAAAGGGACCCUCCCCAAACCUGCCCAUACCAUAGGAGUGAAUUCGCUGCAGUCACAGACACCGACCAUGUCUCCCCAGUGGGUUUUUCUGUUUGUUUGUUUGUCCCUU